UGUGGAAACAGUGAAUGAUGGGCAGUUUCAUAGUGUGGAACUCGUGAUGUUGAAUCAAACUCUGAACCUGGUGGUGGACAAGGGGACUCCCAAGAGUUUAGGAAAACUCCAGAAACAGUCUUCUGUCAGCCUUAACACACCACUCUACAUUGGAGGGAUCCCGACCUCUACUGGAUUAUCUUCACUGCGCCAGGGUGCAGAUAAGACACCAAAUGGUUUUCAUGGAUGUAUUCACGAUGUCCGCAUCAAUAACGAGCUGCAGGAUUUCAAGGAUUUACCACAGCAGUCACUAGGAGUCCUCCCUGGCUGCAAGUCCUGUAACAUCUGCAAGCACGGUAUUUGCCGGUCCCUAGAGAAAACAAGUGUGAUAUGUGAAUGUCACCCAGGCUGGACGGGCCCCCUGUGUGACCAGGAAAUUGGAGACCCAUGUCUUAACCACAAGUGUCUGCAUGGUAAGUGCAUGGCGGACAAUGUUGCUUACACCUGUAAGUGCAUGGAGGGCUACACAGGCAUGUACUGUGACAAGAAGAACAAUUCCUCAAAUACCUGCAGGAUUUUGAAAUGCAACCACGGGCAGUGUAAAAUUUCUGAGCAUGGGGAACCCUACUGCGAAUGCGAUCGUAACUAUAGUGGAGAACACUGUGACAGAGAGAAUCUCUGCCAAGGCGAGAUAAUUCGCGAAGUAGUCCGUAAGCAGCAGGGUUACACGUCGUGUGUCACUGCCUCCAAAGUAUCCCGCCUGGAAUGCCACGGCAGCUGCAGCAACGGGCAGUGCUGCGUUCCUCUCCGGAGCAAAAGGCGGAAAUACUUCUUCCAAUGUGUGGACGGCUCCACCUUUACGGAAGAACUGGAGAGACACGUGGAAUGCGGCUGCUCAAAAUGCUUGUAAGCCAUUCUCCAGGUUCGUGCCACUUUAAUCAACUCAGAAGCGCUAUCAAAACAGGACCUAUUUACUUUCAGAGUGAAGAAGAAGAAAAGAAAUAUUAAGUAUAUUGUAAAAUAAACAAAAAAUAGAACUUAUUUUUAUUAUGGAAAGUGACUAUUUUCAUCUUUUAUUAUAUAAAGUAUCGCACCACUUUGGGUAUAUGUAUCAUAUAGUGAGUUAUUUUUACCAUGAAACUUUUUUAACAGUUGUAAGAAAAA